AUGGACCAAGAAGCACACAAAAGCCUGAUAGAGUGGAAGCCUAUCAACGAAAGACGUGUCAUGUCAGCAAGAUUCAACUCUGCAUACGCUAAACUCACAAUUAUAGUUUGCUAUGCGCCAACAGAGGUUGCGGAAGCUACAGAAAAAGACGCCUUCUACGACCAAUUACAAGAAGUCAUUGAAUCAACACAAAAACAUGAUGUCCUUCUUGUCUUAGGAGAUUUGAAUGCGAACGUCGGAAAGGACAAUACAGGAGGAUUACCUUCUACAGAAGUUCCAGUGAAGAAUUUGCAAGGGGAAAUUGUUUCCACUGACGUUAAAAAGGUGAGUUGUUGGAAAGAACACUUUGAGAGAGUACUCAACAGUGCUGAUCCAUCCACUGAAGCAGUUAUUGCUCCUGCAGAAAUCCCACUUAACAUCGAUACAGAGCCACCAACUAUACAAGAGAUAAGACAGGCCAUCAAGAAGUUAAAGAAUGGAAAAGCUCCAGAUUUCAGUGUUAAAGUAAUCUGCGAAAAAACUCUCACAGAGAACCUUGAGAUAAGGACAGGCGUGAAGCAGGGGUGUGCACUGUCCCCUCUACUAUUUUCGUUGUGCAUCGACUGGCUGAUGAAAGAAACCAUUAAGGAUGCAGUCAAGGGACUCCAGUGGACGUUCACAGAAACACUGGAAGACCCUGAUUUCGCUGACGACAUCGCGCUUCUCGCCCAACGCAACCAAGACAUCCAAACAAAGACGGACAAGCUAGAUUCUCUUCGGAAGCAGAUUGGUCUCAAUAUCAAAAUUAAGCGCAAAAGAUGGCGCUGGAUUGGUCAUGUUCGAAGGAUGGAGGAAACAGCCAUUUCUAAGGUUGCAAUGCGAUGGACACCAAUUGGACGUAGACAAAGCGGUCGACCAAAAGAGACAUGA